AUGAGGAAAAUCCUAUUAAUAAGUCAACCGAAGGUAUGAGUGUUGAGGAAAAGAAACCUCAUAAGAAGAAAUUCCAAAAGUGGGAGAAAGAUGAAUGUGGUUGUUGCAAUUCUUUACUUAAUUGCCUCUUUGAUGAGCUUUAUGAUUACUAUGAAAGACUGCCAAGGAAACUUGGGAUGCUUUGCAGAAAAAAUGACACUGAGGAGGCUGGUGCAAAGAUGUAUGCUGGCAUACGAAUUGAUGACAACCUCAAAGUGGUAGCCAUUAUUGACAAGCUGCCGCCUUCAUCAAAGGAGUUCCAAAAAAUGAUGCGUCAUAAGCAAAAUGAGAUCAUUGUGGAAAAUCUUUUAUCUCGUAUUCGAGUUGAAGAGGAGGCAAGGAAUCAAGAUGCUCGAACUACAAAUGGAGGUAACACAUUAAAGGUAAACUUUGUUGCCACUAAUGAUAGCUUUCCCAAAAAUAAUAAUAUUAAAUAUAAUGCCCAAUUGAGAUCUAAGAAGAAAAUUGUGAAAAAGAAUUGUGGGAACCAUUCUGUUGGGAGACCAAGUCAAAAUUUUAAGAACCAAGGACUUCCUUCAAAACAAAAUAGCAAUGCAUGUUUUGUGUUUGGCAAGCUUGGGCAUACUACUAGAGUUUGCAAAUUCCGGAAGUGUGGGCCUAAUCCACAGGUCAACAUAACCAAGGAGCCCUUUGUGGUGAUGUUAUCUGACAUAAACAUGCUUAAUGGUGGUGAGGGAUGGUGGAUUGAUUCUGGUGCCGUAAGGCAUGUCUGUAAAGACAAAUCUUGGUUCAAAACAUUUUUUGAAUAUGACGUUGAAAAAAAGAAGAAGUGAGACUUGGUGAUGGUCAUACUAUCAAGGUUCUUGGCCAAGGAGCAAUGGAAUUGAAUUUUACCUCUGGAAAAACAUUGACUCUUAAAUAUGUGCUUUACACUUCUCAAAUGAAGAAAAAUUUGGUUUUUGGAUUUAUUCUUGGUAAGGUUGGCUUCAAAGAGGUUUAUGAAUUUGGGCAUUAUGUUUUGCCGAAAAAUGGUAUAUUUGUUGGGAAAGGCUAUGCAUGUGAUGGCAUGUCCAAGUUGAAUAUUGAUAUGAAUAAAGUUUCUUCAAACUU